CCGCCCCCGCCCGGGCCCCCGCCCCAGCUCCGCCCCGCUCCUCGCGCGGGGUCCGCGUCUGCGGCUGCGUCCCCCGAAAGACGAGGCUGCGCCCGGGUUCCGGUCCGCAGGGAGACCGAAGGGCACCGCUCCCCGCGCCGCGCCCGCUGCCCGCGUCCCGGAGUGCGGAGACCCCGGGGGAUGUGAGUGCGCCCGGAGCCGUGCCAGCGCUCCACGCCCGGAUCCGCGGCCUGCGCCCCAGGGGAUCCCCGCCCGCCGCCCCCGCCCUCUCCCAGGCCCCCGGAACAUGCUGCCCACGGCGAUGAGGGGCCUUGGCCUGGCGCUGCUGGCCGCCCUGCUGUGCUCGGCGCCCGCUCAGGGCCUUUGGUGCCAAGUCUGCACAGUGACCACCAACUCCAGCCGUUGCACCUCGAAGCAGUGCCAGCCCUCUGACACGGUCUGUGCCAGCGUCCGAAUCACCGAUCCCAGCAGCAGCAGGAAGGACCACUCUGUGAACAGGAUGUGUGCCUCCUCCUGCGACUUCGUCAAGCGGCACUUUUUCUCGGACUAUCUGAUGGGGUUCAUUAACUCUGGGAUCUUAAAGGUGGAUGUGGCCUGCUGCGAGAAGGAUCUGUGCAACAGGGCCUCGGGGGCUGGGGGCAGCCCCUGGGCCCUGGCAGGGGGGCUCCUGCUCAGCCUGGGGCCUGCCCUCCUCUGGGCUGGGCCCUGAGACCCCUGCCACAGGGUGCGGCCCCCUGCCUGCCCGGCCCCACCGUGGCAAGGGCAGCCCUGGCCUGGCUCCCACCCGUGCUCCUUGCCCCUCCCCAAGCCGUGCCGUGUCCCUUCUCUCCAGCAGCUCCGAGUCCCAGCCAGCAGGGCACCUCCAGGAACCAGGAGUCCAGGCAGGGAGCCUGGAGGUGGGGGGCAGGGGCCGGGGGACCCUGGGUCGCAGAGGGGAAGCGAGUCUGAGUCAGCCCAGCCCAGUGGCCUGGCCAUGAGGGCGCCUUCUACGGAGAAAUAAAGUCACGUCUGAGU